AUGAGAGCAUCCCCGAAGAGGACCUGUAUCGAUACACUAGACAUCGAUGGCUGUAAGAGACGGAUGACCGUACCCACCUCAUUAUGCUUCAACGAACAGCGUGAGCUCUCAAAGCGAUACCUGAAGUUCAACUUGCGGCAGCUCAUUGACAUUGCUGUCAAUAUCAGCGAUGGAGCUCGACACUGCACAAAGAUCGUCAAAUGCUUAGAGGGCCUGCAUAACAAAGCAUUUCUGCUGACUAUGGACAACGGAAAUGAAGUCUUGGCAAAGCUUCCGAAUCCCAACGCCGGACCAGCCCGAUACACCACCGCCUCGGAGGUAGCCACACGCGAGUUGUUACGUGCUUAUUUCAACAUCCCAACUCCACGGAUCCUCGCAUGGUCUUCAGAUGCAGCUAGCACUCCUGUUGAGGCGGAGUAUAUCAUUGAGGAGAAGGCCGCUGGUGUGCGACUGGGUUCUCUCUGGAACCAAUGGCCACGUGAUACGAAGCUCAAGUUGGUUGAGCAAGUCGUUGGCAUGGAGAAUAAGCUGACUAGCAUGGCUUUCGCUAAGUACGGUAGUAUCUAUUUUAAGGAGGAUCACCGUUCACUAACUGGACAGGUGGAAGACCUGAAUGAUGACUCAAGUGCCGACGAAGUGCUAAAGCGCUUUACAAUCGGCCCCCUUACUUCACCCGAGCUAUGGACUGACACUAGAAGUGACAUGGAAUCAGACUGUGGCCCGUGGCAUAAUUCAUCUGAGUACACAGAAGCAUUAGGCCGCAACGAGAUCUCAUGGAUUGAAGCGCAUGCACGCCCUCGCAUGAAUUACUAUCGAUCUGUAUCGGAUCCGGAGCUUCUCGAGGACGGCCUUCACCUUCUCGACCAGUACAUGAAAGUCGCUCCGUUCCUGGUCCCUUCUUCCACCGAUGGGGCUGCCAGCUCUAACGUCCUCUGGCAUCCAGACCUUCAUCUGGAUAAUGUAUUUGUGGACCCGCGCAUACACACCAUUACCGAUAUUAUAGACUGGCAGUCAGCAUGCGUGGCUCCUCUGUUCUACCAGUCUCAUGUCCCGAGGAUGUUCCGAGAUCCCGGACCUGUCCAAGAAGGCUGGGCUGUUCCCGAACGCCCCGAGAACUUUGACACUGUCAGUACGGAGGACCAGGAUCAAAUAACCAGUGACCAUGAGAGCCAGAUCAUUCAUAAAUACUACGAGGCGCUGGUGUUCAAGCGUGCCCCGCGGCACUGGUCUGUUCUUCAGCAGAAAACGAUUCCGAUCGUCCGAAAACCUGCCUGGCUGGUGACUGGAGUGUGGGAGAAUAGAAACCUGUUCUUUUUGCGCCAAUCACUCCUUUCGCUGGGCAAUCUCUGGGAGGAUCUUUUCCAGUUACCCUGUCCAAUAGCAUUCACAGAGAAGGAGAUCGAGCUUCACGCGGAAGAGGAAACCAACAUGGACGGCAUUGGACAGGUCCUUACGUUGUUUCGAGAUCAAGGGGUACUCCCUGUACAUGUCAUGGUCGACCCCAAGGACUAUGAACUCGCCGUGGAGAAUAGUCGCAAGUUCAAGCACGUCUUUCUGGGAACGGCUGAGAAUGACAAGGAGAGGGAGUUGUACUCCAAGCUUUGGCCUUAUCAAGACCCCGAAGACUCGGUAGUCUAA